CCGGGCAGUCAGCGCUACAAUCCAACAUGUCGGCUAUGCCUGUGUUCCCCAUGUGUGUGCGAGUGGCCCGGGGCCUCCUGAGGCUCAGGAGCGGGGCGGUGGAUGCCUCUUCUCUAGCUGGGGUGGACAAAGUCCGGACUCUCUCCACUGACAAGCCGCCGACAGGGACGGGCAGUGCGACGGGCGGACUGGCUCAGGCUAUCCUCCAGCAGAGGCUCCAGCAGCAGCAGCAGCAGAGUCAGCAGGGCCAGUCUCCUCCUGAGGGAGAGGAGGGUGAGAAGGAGGGAGAGCACACUGAAGACAAGAAGCAGAAGGAGAACAUGGCCUACGCGAAGAAGAUGGUGCUCCGGCUCGCGGGACUCAUGGGAGUCGGCGGAGCGGUCGGCAUGGUCUACCUAUUUGGCACCAAUUCAGUGGACGAACAAGGAAACGUGAUUCCAGAUGAGUUUGACAGAGAUCCUCCCGUCGUCCAACAGUUGAAAAGAACCUUCAAAUACUUCCAGGACUACAGACAGAUGAUCAUCGAGCCGACAAGCCCGAAGCUGCUGCCCGACCCGCUCAAGGAGCCAUACUACCAGCCUCCCUACACACUGGUGCUGGAGCUCACCGACGUCCUGCUGCACCCGGAGUGGUCGUUGGCGACAGGUUGGCGCUUUAAGAAACGUCCGGGCAUCGACUACCUGUUCCAGCAGCUCGCACCACUCUACGAGAUCGUCAUCUUCACUGCAGAGACUGGCAUGACGGCGUAUCCUCUGAUCGACAGCAUUGAUCCUCAGGGCUUCGUUAUGUAUCGUCUCUUCAGAGAUGCAACACACUACAUGGAGGGGCAUCACGUUAAGGACGUGUCCUGUCUGAACCGGGACACCAGUAAGGUGAUCGUGGUGGACUGCAAGAGGGAGGCGUUCAGCCUGCAGCCCUUCAACGGCAUGGCUCUGAAGAAAUGGGACGGGAACUCUGAGGACCGGACGCUCUAUGACCUCGCCAACUUCCUCAAGACUAUCGCUCUGAGCGGAGUGGACGACGUGCGUUCAGUGUUGGAGAACUACGCUUUGGAGGAAGACCCCAUCGAGGCCUUCAAACGCAGACAGGCUCAGUUGGCACUGGAGGAGGAGCAGCGUCUGGCUGAGCUCUCCCAGCAGAAGAAACAGGGACUCUCUCUCGGCUCCAUUGCCUCGCGGUUCUGGCGUUCCAAACAGCAGUGAGCCCCGCCCCCCUCUCACACUUCCACCAAUUGCAGCCCGGCUCGCCAUUUGCGUCGAGGGGAGGGGCUGGAGGAUACAUUUGGAAGGGAGAGGAGAGGGGAGACCUGUGCACUGUCGCUGAGUGGUCAACCAAUCACGUCUCAGCUGGCGGGUCUGCAGUGCUGGAACAUUGGCCGUCCUCUGCACCAAUGAGAGAGGCACGUCCUGCUCUAAUGCGGGGCGCCAGCGGAUCCCUCCCUUUGGUUAUCUUGGUGUCAAGUGAUGCGUAUCAAGCUGCUGAUUGGUUAAAAAACGAAGAGGAAAAUACAGAGGAUCCAGGUCAGGAUAAACUCUUGUUGUUGUCGGUUUGGAGGCUGAACUGAGAUCAGCGCUGCUAUCACCACUCCAGCUCUGGUUAGCCCCGCCGCUCACAGGAUCUGACCUGAGAUCAGCAGUGCUCUGUCCCUUACCACACUUUCAGAUUGUGUAUUUUAUUUUUAUUUUCUAUUCCUCUGUGUGACGGGCUGCUGGAGGCGAUGUUAAAAUAAUGAAUAUUGUUUAUAAGAAAUAAAGAUAAACAGUAAAUAGUGUUCUUUAGAGUUUAUUCAAUAAUAUUCAAUACGUAAGACUGACAGGUGGUAGUGGCGGCGGCAUAGACUGCCACAAUGAAGACUGGAAUAGCAGCUGAGCUCGAUGUGGAGAGAAAGAAAAUUCAAGCUAAAGCUAAGCUUUCAUUUACAAGUGAGGGGGAGGAGCCUAUCCCAGCUGACAACUGGUAGAGGCAGAUUUCACACGGGACAGGUCACCAGACUACCACAGGCCGACACGUAGAGACAGACCACCAUUCCAGCACACACCCUACGGGCAACAUCCUCCACUACCGUAAUCCUGCUUGGGUUGUGAGGAACCGGGAGAAAACGAACUCGACACAGAAAACAGUCUGCGCCUCCAGCCUGGGAUUGAACCCACAGACCCCUGCUCGCUGUGGGGCGACGCCGCUGUAGUUUUUCCUUGUCGUCAACAAAUUCUAGCAAAAAAAAAGGUUGCUCACUACCGUUUGACUUCCUGUCUGUGGCUCUCGGGCUACUCGUUCCCCCACUAGUGAUGAAAAUCUUUAAAGUUUAGUUUUUAAUCAAAUAAUGGGGAGGGGAAAGUGCAUUUGUUUGGGACUAUUUUCCGCGGCAGAUUAAUCCACGAUUUGUGCUUCAGUGAGUGUUUGUGGCAGCAGGACUGAGUCCAAAGAAACUACUGUGUGUUUGUGUGUGUGUUCAUCUUAAUUAAGGAUUGUUAAAGACCUAGUCAGCUAAACUAGAAACCCUCUAUAAAGUUCAGCAAACAUACAAUAUUUAUUAUUCACACAUGCUCAUUUUAUCAUGGAACAGGCUGAAUGACCUGAGGAGGCCUCUUUUUUAUAUUAUUGUUCUAAUUAUUUUUGUGAAGCUUUAGGUAACAACCGUCCACAGAGGUCAGCUGCCGUUCUUCUGUGCUUGUUGAAAGAUUCUGUUUUGAUGUGAACGUUAACGUCCUCAAUAAAGGAAACAAACCAAA